AUGUCCAGAGUUGCUCUAGUUACAGGUGCCGCCAGAGGUAUUGGUAAAGGUAUUUCACUUCAGCUUGCACGUGAUGGUUACGACGUUGCCAUUACUGAUCUUUCAUUCCAGAAGGAAUUGGCGUUGCAAACAGUAAAGGAGAUUGAGGCUCUUGGUCGCAAGUCCUUCUUCAUUGAAGCUGAUUCUUCUAAGAAAGAGGACUUGGCCAACGCAGUCAAUUUGACUCAUAAGGAAUUGGGUAACUUCAAUACUCUUGUUAACAACGCAGGUGCUGCCUCCAUCGCGCCAUUGGUUGAUGUCAAGGCUGCUGAUGUUGAAAAGCUGUGCAAGAUUAACAUCGGUGGUGUCCUGUUCGGUAUCCAAGCUGCUGCUGAGAAGUUCCAGGAGCUGGAUCAGCCUGGUAAGAUCAUCAAUGCUUGUUCAAUCGCUGGUCAUCAAGCCUUCCCUAUGCUUGGUCUGUACUCUGCUACCAAGUUUGCCGUUAGAGGUUUGACCCAAGUUGCAGCAAAGGAACUUGCUUCGAAGAAGAUCACAGUUAAUUCGUACUGUCCAGGUAUUGUUCUCACUCCAAUGUGGGAUCUCAUUGAUGAAAAGAUGGGUGAAUACACUGGUGCACCAAAGGGUGAGACUUUGAAGAAGUACAUUGAAGGGAUCGCUCUUGGUAGAGGCUCCGAGCCACAGGAUGUUGCAAACUUGGUCAGUUUCCUUGCCUCUGAGAAAGCCGAUUACAUCACUGGUCAAUCCAUUCUUGUUGACGGUGGUAUUGUCUACAAUUGA